UAACAAAACGCCACUUCUGUGCCAUCUUGAAAUGCGUGCCUUGUCUGAAGAACGAGGGAAGGGAGGGGGAGAAAGGGCGAGUCUGUUCUAUUCUUCGCACUUUCCUCUUCCUAUCCGUGUCCUUCAAAGUCACGAUCCGUCAAUCCAUGAUGGCAGAUUCCGAGACGACGCUGGGAUACUCAUGGCGUUCCUCCAAAGCGUUGGUGAUCGGCUGUAUCACCAUCGCCUUAUUCUCCGAUACCUUUCUCUAUGCCUUCAUGGUCCCCAUCUUGAGCCACAUGCUCCAGGACCGCCUUCAUAUUGAUCUCGCCCACACGCAAGCAUAUACCUCCGCAACUUUAGCCGUCUACGGUCUUGUGUCUAUGGUCGCAAGUCCAAUUGUCGGCCAUUAUGCAGACAAGAUCCCAAACCGAAAAAUGCCCCUGUUGCUUUCGUUAGUUGGCUGCUUUCUGGGGACUGUGAUGCUUGCCUGUGCUCAUUCCCAGUGGAUCUUUUUCCUUGGGCGGGCUUUACAAGCAGUCGGAGGGUCGUCGAUCUGGGUGAUUGGGCUGGCUACUAUAGCCGAUCGAGUGAGUGAAGAUCAUGUGGGAAAAGUCAUGGGGAUUGUCAUGUCAUUUGUUACCGCUGGUCCUAUUGCUGGACCGACAGUGUCAGGACUCCUAUUUGAGACUUUGGGCUACUGGCCGACGUGGACGGUUCCUUUCGCUGUGCUGAUCCUAGACUUCAUCGCCCGUCUCCUGAUGGUGGAAGCACCACACGAAGCGACUCCAGACACUCCAAAGAACGCUAUCAAUCCAAACACAGGGGAAAAUAAUACUGAAGACCGCGCGCUUCUUUCUGGAGCCAAAGACACCUACCAGUCCUUCAAGGAUCCCUCAUCCCAGACCGAGGCAAAUUCCACCACAUCAUUUAGCUUCUAUCGCGAAGUUCUUAGCAGCGCGGGCGUCGUUUUAUCUAUGACAAUCUCCGUUCUUUCAAUGUUUAUUACUGCAAGCUUCGACACCACACUUCCUCUUCACGUACAGGAGGUCUUUGGCUGGGGAACCUCCACCACUGGCCUAAUGUUCUUCUGUCUACAGACCUCGUCACUCGUCCUAAGUCCCCUCUCUGGCUGGCUUUUCGAUCGCAUUGGACCCAAAUACCCCAUCACAAUUAGCCUCAUCAUUGUGGUUCCGCUUAUAUGGUUGCUAGGAGUUGCUGGCUCUGAGCAAUUUGGCGGGAUCUUUACGAAUAUUAGCGGUCCCGCCAUCUACAUUGCUGCGAUUGCUGGUAUUGGAGCUACCUCUCCAUUUAUUGGUGGUAUUGGGAUACUAGAAUUGACCGCGUUCGUUAAAGAGCGCCAAGCAGCAGAUCCCAAUGUCUUUGGGCCUCAUGGGGGUUUUGCUCGCGCCUACGCUCUAAGUGAUGUUCUGACAACAGUCGCGAUGGUGGCAGGACCCAUUAUCUCGGGCGCUUUGCAUGCAACCGUCGGCUACUAUUAUAUGAACUUGGUAUUUGCUAUCGCUUUUGUCCCUCUACCCGUACUUUCGCUUUGGCUUUUGAAACACAAAACUUGUCAAGCCAAUGUACCUUCUGACUCUGAGUCUGUUUAUGUCCCCGCCUAGGAAUGGUGGACGAAUCUAUGUUGGCUAUAACAAUUAACUGCCCCUAUACUGGCGGGCAACGAUUGGCUGGGUAGCUCACUAGGUAUUUCAUGUCCAGGUACUCCAUACAGGGACAUAUGACUGUAUUAUAUUGCAACUCAAGACACAAUUCAAUGCGCAUGUACCAUAUGAUAACAAAUGAAAGAAAAGCUUAAACCCAGAC